AUGGGCCUUUUCAAGUCGCCAAACCAAUCUUCUGCGCCAGGCGUACUGCCUCGAUCCCAGACGGGUCAGUCAAUUCGAGGCAAGAUAUCAGGCCCGAUUCCCAUUCCUACCCCCUCCGACGACGAGUUCCCCAUGCGCAACCCCGGCACCGGUAUCGCAACGCCUUUGGCCGCCGCCGCCGACAUGAAGGAACAGCAGUUGCUUCCUCCGCAGGCCGAACCCAGGGCCGGUUCGAUUGUCUCAGUCGUCCAUCCUGAAGUGACACCCGCCCCGCGGACGGACUCGGUAGUUGCUCCUGCAAGAUCAGCCCGCUCUCGCUCUGCAUCCCCUCCUGCAUCUACCACACAUGGCAACUCGCCGCAGUCGCAGAGGAGAACAAAUAUCUCCACCAAUCUGCGCUACUCUGCCGUGAGCGCAUCAUCCGAACAAACUGGCGAGAGUCGCGACCGGCCCCAGCGCAAAAAGUCGACUUUGCGCGGUGCGCUUGGGAAACUUUUUGGCCGCAAGAAGAAGACGGGAAGUCGAGGUUCAACCGACUCGCAACGCAUAUCGACUUACAACGCGUCGAACCAACACAAGAGUCAGGACCUUUCCGCGUUAAGCCGAGUCACCGAAGCCGAACCAAAGCGAUCGGUAUCUUUGCCGGUCACCGAGUACGACAGAGCAUUAAGGUCUCACUCUAUUGGGCUUCAUGAUAUCACUGCCAUUGAAAGCGCGCGCAAUUCGAUCAACGUUGAUCUAUCUGUGCUGGGCCAUAGGAGGGCUGCGACCGCUACCGCUAGCCAGAUAUACUCGGCGCCGUUCAGAGGUCGUGAAGGUGAAUUUGCAGGUCUUUCGCCCCGUCCAGCAAGCACUCACGUGCGCGGGAGUCGCCUUUUUGCCGAUAACGACGAUCCCGAGGCAAUUGGGCGAGCAAUCACCAGUGAUAUAGGCCAAAAGCGACGGUCCAGGAGCCUCAGUGGUCUCCAGAGCAAUGAGAUUCGCGCUGAUCUCCGACGCAGAAGCGACGAGAUCCGAUACUGGAGAGAAAGUUACGUGCCUACUUUCAUUGCAUCUCCGACAUCAUCUAACCCUCCGGACCACGAACAUCAAUUCGCAGGCGUGGGCUCCGAGGGCAUGCCGGAUUCGCCAGUGGAGCAAGGACAACAGACGGUGCACACGCCGCCUCAGCCAUUCUCCUUUGGCAACCUGACUCACAUGAAUGUCAUGGCUGGCAUGAAGAUCACACAGGCAGCCAGUAUCGAAACACGUAUAGAUGCGCUCGAAGAGAGGAUGCACCGCAUGGAAGAUGUUGUAACGCAACUCUGCAAUUCGGUUCCUGGUUUCCAGACGCACGCCAACCCACCACGCCGUCCUGCACCCUCUAUCCCAGAUUCCAAUCCGUCCUCUCAGACGACGACUACGGCAGUCAACCCGGUGCUUCAACAGGUGUUGCGUCAGGAUGCAUAUGCGUCCUCAUACAGCAGCUCUGCGCACUCUAACAGACCGAUGUCGAACUCCACUCUCCGAGGCGUAACCAGCUUGCCUGCGAUAUCGCAUCUUGAGACGAGCAGAACGAUAGGAACGUUCACGGCAGAUCAUUACACGACGCUUCUCGCACUUUUAGAGACGGAAAGAGCCUCCAGGCAAGCCCUCGAGUCUCAAGUAAAGAAGUUAACAAGGCGCGUGAACAUGUAUUCAGGGCCCGGCGGCCAUGGUCGCAUCUCCUUGCAGAUGGAGCCGCCACCAACGGCCAAGUCUUUUGGCAGCGUUUCGGCAUUCGACCGCGACUCGUCCGACGACGACGCCUUUUCCAGGAAUCAACGGUUCUUGGCCGAAGACUCGGGCGUUGGGACUGGUCUUGGAGACGAUGACUCGUAUUCGGAAACUUUUGCGACGCCAAAGGAAGAGUACCCGUACGGUUACGGCGCGUUUGGAGAAGAAUUACGCGACGAAAUCGAAGAUCCUCAACGCAAGAAGGCAGCCAGGACCUUGUCUCUGAGCCAGAUGACGUUGAGCAAGAAGACUUCCAACACGGCGGUACGAAUUUGA